AUGACUGAAAACAGUAAUAUUGAAGCAGCAGGGAUGUCCACUAGCACUCAACCAUCUUCUCCACCGUCAGGUGUUCGUAAGAAUCGGUCAGCUGUCUGGGAUCAUUUUGAUGUAGAGAAUGCUACCGAGAAGAAGGCUAAAUGCAAAUAUUGUGGUAGCUUAAUAAAAUAUGGGAAUGGAACCAGCUCAAUGGAGGAGGCUCGAAGGGCACUUGUGGAAAUGUUUAUUGGGGAAGAGCUACCAUUUCGCUUUGUUGAAAGCCCGAAAUUCCGAAAAUUUGUGCAUGCCCUACAAGCAAGAUUCAAAGUUCCUUCACGGACUACAUUAGCAUGUGACAUUGGAGCUCUUUAUGCUGAAGAGAAGAUGAAGUUGCAAGAUUUUCUUUCGGCAAAUUGUGGUAGAGUCUUCUUUAGUGUGACAGUUGAUAAUGCCUCGUCUAAUGAUGUUGCAAUUAAAUAUCUGAAGCAACGAUUGAAUUCUUGGAAUAGCAUUAUUUUGAAUGGUGAAUUUAUUCAUAUGAGGUGUUGUGCACAUAUUAUAAACUUAAUUGUAAAAGAGGGGUUGAAAGAGAUUGAUGAAUCAGUCUUGAGGAUUCGUAGUGCAGUAAAGUAUGUUAGAUCUUCUCCAUUUAGAGCUAGUAGGUUUCAAAAGUGUGUUGAACAAGAAAAAAUUCAAUAUAAAGGCUUGCCUUGCAUGGAUGUUGAGACUAGGUGGAACUCUACCUAUCAAAUGUUAGAGGUAGCUUUGAAGCAUCGCAAAGCAUUUGAGUUGCUUGCUUUGAAAGAUAAUACCUAUAUAGGAGAGAUGAAUGGAGGAAAAGGGAGAGGUGUUCCUCCUGAUUCAGACUGGGAGUAUACUGAGUCCAUUGUACCAUUUUUGCGAGUGUUCAGUGAUGCUACUAUACAUGUUUCUGGUACCUUAUGUGUUACCAGUGAUAUGUAUAUGAAGGAAGUAUUUGCAAUUGGAGGAUUUAUUCAUCAUUCUUGUGAUUCUAUUGAUUUUAGUACUAUGUCAAUGGUAGAAAGGAUGAGGGUUAAGUAUGAAAAGUAUUGGGGCAAUCCUGAUUCGGUGAAUAUGUUGUUAUUGAUUGCUAUCAUACUUAAUCUAAUGCAAAAGAUCAAGGUUCAGAGAACCGGACCGGUCAUCGAAUCGUUUUAUUCACUGGUUCACUGGUUCAUUGGUCUAACCGGUCCAACCGUAGUCCAACCGGAAAAACAGUUUUAA